AUGUCCGGGCAAUAUCCUAUCCCUAACAAAUAUCAAAUAGAAGCCUUUUGGGGGCGAAAUAAAAAAAAUCAUGUUCAAACGUCUAUUGAUUAUGUUGAAGGGAUUCCACAUUUUAAGAUUGAAUGGAUAUAUAAUGAACAAAACUGCAUAGUAGUUUCACAAAUCUCUCCUUCAGAUGUGUCUAACCAAUAUUGUAAUAUACGAUAUUCAGAAAGAAAAACAGCAAUUUCUGGAAUACUUGUUUUUGGGCUACAAUUGUAUGAAAAAUUAACUAAAGCUAUGCCAAAAAAAAAUCAACCACAAUGUAUCAAACCUCUUAGCGAUCUUAGUAAUUCUUCGUAUAGAAAUAAAAUUAAAAAAGCUGGUGAAAGUUUAUUCAAUGAUUUUGAGAAAAAAAAAAAAAUUUGGCAUUCCAUAGAUAAUUCUAAACUCAAAGAAUUAGUAUUAGAAGCAGGCGAACAACCAUGGUUAAUAAAGUUUGAAGAAGAUCAACAAUUAGAAGAGAAAAAAGCACAAAAAAUUGUUCAAAUAAUAAAUGAAUCCAAUAUUUCAAGAAGAGGAUAUAGAGCUUUAACAACUACUUCAACAGAUUUGCUGAAAGAAUGGCUAGUCAGUAAGGAAAAGAACAAUGUAAAUGAAACAAUGCAAAACCACAUUCCAUUGCUAUUAUUUGAUAUGAAUGCAAAUAGUGAUUCAGAUAGCGCAAGUGACUCAGAUAGUGAACAUGACUCGGAUAGUGAAAGUGACUCAAAUGGUGGAAGUGACUUGGACAGUGAAGUAAUUGCAACCACAUUAGAAAAAGGCGCUUAUCGCAAUAUAACUGCAAUUCUUUAG